AUGGAAUAUAGAGUCAAGCCGUCAGAAACUUACAAGAAGAUCAAGCCAAACGAACGAAAAUCAUCCAAGAAGAAUAUGGCGGACAUCCAAGACAUGCCAGACAUUAUCCCCCUGAUAAACCUUAGCAAUGAAGAAAGAAAGGCAAAGCUUGUAUCAAAAUAUGUAAGAAUCAUCUCGGAAUUUAUACUUCAAAAAGCAAAAGAAAUUUCGGGCGAAAACGAAAAGAUAUCUACAAACGAUAUAAAAAGUGUUAUUGUCUCGGAGGGUUUAUUCUUCUUAUCUGAAAUCAUCAAUCUCGGUAAACAAUAA